AUGCGCUUACUAGUAUUUUUCUGCAUCUUCCUCUACAUCAUUGGAGGGAUCCAAGCUGCACCUACAACAAACACAACAAAUACUACCACCAGCGACAGUGUUAAAGUCCCAUCAUUCACGACCAGAACCUUGUGGACCAUCAUCUCCAGCUCUGUUCUCACUCUUUUUGCAUGUAUAUACAGUGCCAUCCACCCUAAUAUCCCGAGUCCGAAGGACAGUGGUUCCUUUCUUAUCAUACGGCGACAACUUGGCAUGAUGAUAAUGGCACUCAUAGCUCCUGAAAUGAUUGUUACAUGGGCUAUGCGCCAGUCGUUUAGCGCUCAUCAAGUUACAAGACAGUUCAAAGAAUCAGGGUAUCCCAAUGUUGGUCCGGAGUCUGAAGAAAUGAAUUUUGUUGAAGCACCUGCAACUGAAAAUCGCUUCACUCGCUUACUUCUCCGCUUGCCUUUCGUUCGCCUCUUGAUCCUGUGGGUCACAAGCUGGAUUGAAUUAAAGCAAUUCGAGUCCGACUCGGAAGACUAUACAUGGACCCAGACGCAUAGCUUCUUUGCGCUGAUGGGUGGUUUCAUGCUUUAUGUGGACGGAGAACCCUACCUUACACUACGUCCUGAAUACAUUCUCAAACUGAUACGUGACGAGUGUAUCGACGUCCCUACCAUAACAGCAAACCAGAUCCAUGACAAGAGCAAAGGCAAUGCGAUAUCAAAAGCAUUGGUCAUGCUUCAGGUGGCCUGGUUUGUUAUGCAGCUCAUCACCCGCGUCGUCUGUCACCUCGAAACCACUCAGCUCGAAGUGGGGACACUCGCUUUUGCGGUCCUCAGUUUCCUAACUUAUGCUAUGUGGUGGGACAAGCCUCUCAAUGUGCGAUGUCCACAUCCAGUGUACUGGAAGUCAACUGUGUCAAGGCCAGAGGAUCACAUCGAUUUCAGUUACCGAGAUGAAUUUGCUCGCCUUCGGUACUUGCCUCAAUUCUUCCGCCCCAUUCUAGAACUGAUAGGCUGGGUUGACAUCCCAACGUCUCGAAAGCUUCGAGUUCCAACAUUUGAUGGCAGCACCACUAUUGAAGAUUCGAACAAAAAGGUUCUUCGGCUUGCUGCCGUGCUUAUGGCAACCAUAUUUGGCGGCAUUCAUUCGAUUAUGUAUUUCCUUAUCUGA